AUGUACACCGACGAAGAUAACAAGGCUACACUCGACGACCCUACGAAAUUUGACGAUACCGCUCGUGAAGCCGACCCGCCACUCCCACCAUACUCUCACUCGCAUCCCGUAGAAUCAAGUAGGCAUCUCGUUGAAGAAUCGGUCAACUGGUUAAACGUUUCACGCGAAAACGAAAGCAUCAGCGGAACGUACACAGUAGACCCACAUCUCGAUAUUCCUGCGGCGCUCCUCGCUUUACCGAGCAACAAUGGGCGGAGUCGUGGCGAUAAGGAAACGGAAAGGAUGAACUUGGCCCUUGAGACGAAGGAGGGGGACAUAGACGUCACUGUGCGUAUCAUCGGCGAGAAUGGGAACGUAGGUGGCCUGGCUGGGAGCGCUGCGGAGAUAGAGCAGAAGGUGAAGAUCAGGAUGCGGUCACCCAAGGGGUCCAUAACUUGUAGAAUCGUCCCCAUAGACGAGCCGACUGACCCCAGCCAAGGCGUCACGCGCCCGAGGUUCAUCGCUUACGCCUCGGCGGACAACGGCUCGGUCAACGUCCUACUCCCUCGUUCGUUCGCGGGGUCCAUCUCAGCGUUCGCGGGAUUAUCGCCCUCGCCCAGGGGCCCGAUAGAACUGUCUCCAGAUCUGCGGCAAAACGCCAGAAUACUGAUGGACACCGAUCGGAAGAGAUUCUUCGUAGGCGACUUUACGCAAUUCGAUAGACACUCGAGCUGGGAUGCGCUAAGUAUUGGCGUGAGCAGCGGGAGCGUGAAGGUGGCAUAUAACGACGAGAGUUUCACUGAAGAUGAGGUAGACGAGGAACCACUCCUUGUGGCCAAAGAGGUGUCAGAGCCAAUCGCAGAUGAAGAGCCCCGCAUCGUAGCCAUGGAAGUGCGAGAAGCCAUGAUAGAUGAAGAUGAAGACCCUACUAUGGAAGAUGACGAGGGUAUACCCGUUAACGACGAGGGCACUGGUGCUGCGGAAGAUGAGACUAUAGCCGACGACGAGCCACUGAUUGUAGACAGGGAUAUAGCGGAACCAAGCCCCGAGGAGGGACCCAUGGCAGAUGAGGGGUUCGCCGUGGAAGAGGGUCCUAUCUUUGAUGUGGACGACGCGAGUAUAGACGAAGAGAUUGCGGAAGAGAUUGACGCAGCAGACGUGAUGGAUGGAGUUACGGUGCCGGUGUUGGAAUCUGGGUCGGGUGGCGAGUUCGAUAGGCAUCAAAGAGCGAAUCGUAGGCACUCACUAGAGCUGACCGCCGUAGAUUGCCCAGCACUACCGGAUGAAACACUACCACUGUUAGCCUGCAAUGUACCAGCUUUAGUAUGUACUUGA